GUUGGCAGCUUUCCAAAGACCAUAUUAUGGUAGGCUACUUCCGUUAAUUUCCGUCACUGGUGCCCGCGCGCGCCUGCCUUCUCAUUCAUUCAUUCAAGUCCAGACUGAAGCAGACCACCUGCUCCGACUCCCAGAAACGUGACAGAAACGAGGAUGUCCGUGGAGAAGAGGCAAAGUCCACCUACUGAGGGCGGUCACGCUGUCGGCCUCAUCAUCUUCAUCCUCGGUGUAGGGACUCUGCUGCCCUGGAACUUCUUCAUGACGGCGACUCAGUAUUUCAAUGGACGUCUCCAAGCACCAAACGGCACGUCUAACGCCACAUCAGAAGGGACCAAAGACUACAACUAUGACAGCUGGAUGGCCUUACUUUCCCAGCUGCCUUUGCUGCUCUUCACCCUGCUCAACUCUUUCCUCUAUCAGAGGGUAAAGGAGCAUUUCCGUGUGGCCUUCAGCCUCGUCGUCAUCUUCCUCCUCUUCUCCUUCACCGCUGCUCUCGUCCAGAUCCCCAUGGAGCCGGAUGCCUUCUUCUCCGUCACAAUGGCCACCAUCUGGUUCAUUAACAUGUGCAGUGCUGUGCUGCAGGGCAGUCUGUUCGGCGUGGUCGGUCUGUUUCCUCCUCGCUACAGCACUCUGUUCAUGAGCGGUCAGGGUCUGGCCGGGAUCUUCGCUGCAAUCGCCAUGCUCCUCUCCAUCUUAAGUAACGCAGAUAAAAACUCUGCUGCGCUGGGAUACUUCAUCACUCCCUGUGUGGCCACUCUGAUCACUCUGCUGUGUUACCUGCUGAUGCCUCACCUGGAGUUUGCUCGUUUCUACCUGAACAGAAAUCAGUCUGAUAAACCAGAGACAACGCAGAAACUCCUCAAUAGUACAGAGAAGAAACCCUUAAACGACAACGCCAAAGACCUCGAGGCCAACGGGAAGAUCGUUGAGGCUGAGGAGAGUCAGGAGCGCUCGUCAGUCUUUGCUGUCUUUAAAAAGAUCUGGCUGAUGGCAUUGUGUGUGACGUGUGUUUUUGCUGUAACUCUGUCAGUGUUUCCGGUGAUCACAGUCCGAGUUCAGACCGUUUACACAGACAACCAAGCCUGGAAAAAAAUCUUCACUUGUGUUUGCUGCUUCAUCGUCUUUAACGCCAUGGACCUGCUCGGCCGCAGCGCCCCCUCCCUCGCCCAGUGGCCUUCGAGGGACAGCUCUCUGUUUCCCGUCGCCGUCUUUUCUCGUGUGAUUUUCAUCCCUCUACUCAUGCUCUGUAAUGUCCACGACUCCAAACUCCCCAUCUUCUUCAGGCACGACCUCGCCUUCGUCAUCAUCAUGGCGCUGUUCUCCUUCUCCAACGGAUACUUGGCGAGCCUCUGCAUGGCCUACGCUCCACAGUUGGUGCGGAGUAAAGACUGUGAGACGGCUGGCUCUCUGAUGACUUUCUUCCUGGUUCUGGGUCUUGCUGUGGGAGCCUCAUUCUCCUUCUUACUGGGAACACUGGUUUGAUCAACUGGAAUGGAGAUGUUAAAUGUUCUAAGGUUGUCAUCUUGUCAUUAACAAAGAUAAUACCACAGCAACAAAAAUAGAAGCCCUAGAAAGACUGAGAAAUUUCUGUUUUUUGACAGAGAUGUUCAGACACCAUUUUUUCUUCCCCUAUACCAAAUUGUUUGGUACAAGCUGAUACCGAGUCCUGAUCCGAUACCAGAGUGAACUUUCUGGACUGACUGUGCAGACUAGCAAAUUAUUUUAGACCCACAUUUGACUCAGAACAUGACUCAACACAUAGAGUCAAAAUGUAUAGCAUCUUUGUGACACUAAAGUUGUUUUUCUGCUGAUUAUUGAGUUUUACUCCUAAAUAUUAAAAUAAUAAUACAGGGGGCUGCAUCACAGGCUCUCUCUAUCUCUCCAUUAUGCUCUAUUCAGGCAGCAUCA